UUCACAGCCUAUGUUUAAUUACAUUUAAAAAUUAGUUGUUUGACAUCCCCAAUAAUAAUAAAUGUCUACAGAUGAGAUCAAACAAAACAGAUGAGAAUUGCCCUUAAAGAGCAAGUCACCCCCAAAUCAACUUUUUUUUGCUGAUAAAACGUGGAAGUAAAGUGCAUAUUUGAGUCACUUCUGUUUUAUGUUUCUAACAGAAACUUGUAGUUUUUCACAUUUGAAUGUAAUAUUGUCAAAAGUUUAUUUUUGGCUCCCUGGAGGGCUACGCCCAACCAGCCAUUCCUCCCCAUCCCCGCAUAUUUCUCUCCUCCUGCUCCCUCACAUCAUCACACAAACAUACACAUAGGAACUUGGGGGGGUGGGCAUAUCAGGGAGUGCGGGUAUGGACCCAUUUCCGCAUUCCUGUGACAACCUGCCCCCCAAUUUAUUUGCACCUUAUACACUUCCACUGACGACAUUCCACACAAACACACACUUAGGGCCUUGGGAGUGAGCACAUUCAGCGGCAUUUGGCAGGGGGAUAUCUCAGCCUCCUCCAGGGUGCCGGUGGCCACUUCCAAUUUUAAAGUGCACUUAGACACCGAGGGCUGUGGGUGCAAGUGGGGUGGUGUGGUGGCAUCAACUGGCAUGGGCAGACAAUGCCCGCACUGCCCGCUCACCACAGCCAUGGAAUACACCUCAUCAACGAACACUAACUAUAUUGGAGCAGGCGGAGGGAGACUAGGGGUCUUAGCACACCUCUGUUGUUGCUUGGCUUCCUGGGGCUGGAGGCUAAGAGGGAGAUCUGGCUGUCUGGUUGGGGUCUGGGGUGGUGGGUUGCUGGGCUCAGCGUUGGGCGGGGAGUCUGUUCAUCAGCACCCCAGCAGAAAGGGUCAAACUCUAGUAAUGGUUGUACCCAAUGUGCAGCAGUACCGGGACUAGGGUGUGUAUAGGGAGCAUAAGUGGGUGUCUGGCAUGCAUUUUUAGAAGUCUUUGGUUUCAUGUGUAUGUGUGAGCAUGAGAGGGAGUGUAUUACUGUGUUUGUGUAUAGGGCUGCAACUAACGAUUAUUUUCAUAAUCGAUUAAUCUGUCGAUUAUUUUUUCGAUUAAUCGAUUAAUCGGUUUGUUAUUGUUUAGCUAUUUAACCUAUACAAGUGAUGGAUGCAUUUCAGUUAAGAAAAAAAAACAUAAGAGAAUUGUGCAGUUGACUGCAAUCUAUUUUAUUGCACAUGAACACAGUCAGCAGUAUAAAAUGAGCUAAACAGUGCAAAAUAUCAGUCCAGAAUAAUUUUUUAGCAUUAGCUGGAAGCCUGCUCCUUCCACCAUGGAUAGUGGCCUCAUGUCUUUUACCAGCAUGUUUAGAAUAGAGUUUGUAAGUGGUAUGAAUUGCUGGGGGGUGAGUGUCUCUUUCCCCAUGUAGUUGUCCAUCGUUGCUUGUUUUUUUUCUGCAUAAGAAACACAAAUAGACUGAAAUAAGUACACAUAUAAAAUAAAGCAGCACACACACUACAACACUAAAUCAAUAUUAUAUUAUUUGAAUUAAUUAACAAUAUACAGUGAUCAUUUAUUUUGAGGGUUACGUUCUACAAAAUAGCCUGCAACAGGAGAUAUUCAGAAAAAAAGUCUAAUUUUUUUACUAUUAAAAAGCUCUAAGUAAGAAGCUCAUGAGGUUUUUACUUUGAGUCGGGAGUGUUUAAAUUAGCUAGAGAAAUGUGAAAAAUGUUUAUUUUGUGUAAUACUGUUUAAGAAACAUGAUAAAAAUGUGUUGUGAGGCGUUUUACAGCGUUAGAUAGUAAAACAGCCUUUUAAUAGUAAAAAAAUGACUUUUUCUGAAUUUCUCCUGUAUUUAAAAAUUGAAAGCGUACAACUAUGCCGCGUUAUAUUCACCUGGACACAGCUCGUCUGUAUAUUUUUCACCGCGGAGUUGUCCUUUUUUGAAUGAGGAACAUAGUUAUGGGUUUGUGCCGUUUUUCUCUUAACGAGAACAUUCUUAUAAACAGACGUGCUGAAUUUGGCAAGCGCAUGAUUCACAACACGGAGGAGAUUCACGAUGGCAUCUAGUCAAUCAGAAGUAGAACACCGUAGACUGACGCGGCAAAAAAAACAUGUUUAACAUUCACUAUAACGAACUCAGCUAAAACACUAAGUCCAGCUUGUUUAUUUUCUGUUACUUACCGGGCUGGCUCUUCCAAAUGACGGCUCACUUGACCGCGGUGCUCUUCCUCUGCUGCAUCAGCCCCCACAUGCUUUCGUCUCAAAUGUUCACUUAGGGACGUCGUGCUUCCGUGCCAUGCUAGAUGGUUUUUGCAUAUUUUGCCUUUUCAAGUUAUCUAGUGAAGUGCUCCCAUACUCGUGAGGUUUUUGUCCGGGGUUUCUCUAAAGUUUUGUCGCUUCUAUUUUUCUUCCGUAUUUCCUCUUGUUCCGCCAUCUCUCACAGCAAGAUGAGCGCAUUCUAUGGAUGAGCGUCAGUAACGUGAUACGUCAUGAAAACCGAGGGCACUCAUUGGCUCAUUUCUUCUUCUACGGCUCCACUGGUAGAUCAGUGGCUCAUUACUGCCACACACUGGUGGCAAAUUUAACAGCUUGUAACCGAUGUCAGAUUGUGGUAAAAAUAGACUUUAUGCGGUAAAAUAUGAUUAUUAAACAACUAAUCGAUGACUAAAAAAGUUGUUAACUAUUUUAAUAAUCGAUUAUAAUCGAUUAAAUCGAUUAGUUGUUUCAGCUCUAUUUGUGUAUGACUGUAUAUGUCAGGUGGGGCCUUUGACUCCUCCCUUCUCCUGGGACUUGUUUUGAUGAUAUAGAUCUUCGUCUCCCCUCUCCCUGCCACACCUGGUGUGGAGUGCGGUACCUUGGUCUGCCUGAAUGUUCGUGGCUCCCGGGUCAGGGGGUUUAAGAUUUUUGGCAUCUGUCUGAUCAAUCCCGGUGGCUGCCUGGUGGGGUCUGGGUCCCUGGGCUCUGCUGGGUCCCAGGCGGGGGGUGGGAGGCUGCAGGUGGGCUUGCCGCUGAUAUCUCCCGGGUCUCUGCCAGCUGCUGGUUGUGGUCCCCCCAGGGCGAUCCUCUGCACCUCUCAAGGGGGCGGGGGCCUUUCUGGUUGCAGUCUCCUUGGGGUUUUUGUGUUCUGGGGCAGCGGCUGGAUCUCUGGGACUUGGAGCUCUCUUAGUCUCCUACACAUCUUUGGGGGCAGCAUUCACUAUGCCUGGCAAAGAGUCCAAACGCAAGGCGGAUGCUGCUAAGCGCAGCAAUCGUCCAGCUCCGCCUAUUCGUAUCGGGAUUCCAACGCACAUCAAUGAUGAUGUUAAUUUUUCUGGAACUGGCUUUCGUCAUCGAGUUCGUCGUUGGCCGACCAGUGUGAUUUCUAACAAAGCUCACAAGUUGGUCCUUCCAGAUGAGAUUCCUGACAAGAAAUUCAUCCUACUUGUUGGGGACUCCCACUUGAGGUCCGUGGCAGACGGCAUAGUCCCUAUGCCGGUUGGCGGCCUCGCUUUUGGUGUGAUGUCCACUCCAGGAGCUUGUGCAGAUCUUCUGCGCCUUGAGGUUUCACAGGCUGUGUUACCUCGGGAGCCUGAUGCUGUUUGCGUCAUGGCUCCUUCUAACAACCUUACGGCCAGCAGAACAGUUGAAGAGGCAGGGGAUGCAUUUGAGCGGUACCUUUUGGCUGUUCUCAGUCGCUGGCCUAAGGUUUUCUGUACCUCCAUGAUUCCCCGUUUAGUUGGAUCCUGGGAGCGUCAAGACCUGUUUCAGCAGGAGUACCACCGCAGAUCGGCUAAGCUAGGUGUAAGUUAUGUGCCGAUCCACGAUCACCUACCCAGGUACCGUCUUAAACUGUGGUGCCGUGAUGGUAUCCACCUCAGUGAUAAUCACGGGAUGCCUAUACUCACGCAACUGAUGUGGAAUGCCUCCUAUCAGUUCUUGGAGACACACGCACCAAAGCCACUGGUGCAGCACCAGGUGUCUCGUCCGCAGAAAGCGAGUAUUGUGCCCCGUGUGGUUGUGAAGGGUGUGGAACGCAUUCCACCUCCACGCCCUUCCGAAUGGACGUUUGUGAGACCUAGCGGGAAGAGAAACCAUUCAGGGGAAUUUGAAAAGACUUCUAAUUCCCCCAAGAAACGAGUGGUUGUUUCUAAGGCUGAUGACACUUCAGUGGCCUUGAAGGAGUGUUUCAUCCCCCUGAAUCCCGUUAGGUUCUCACCUUCAAUUCUGGCUGCCAUGGACACGAUUGCUCCAGCGGAUGGUCCCACAGAUAUACAGACUACAUCUGUGCGACAUUUUAAGAAAGCAGCUAGGCGUGUCCAGCAGGAGGUUGCAUCCACACCUUGCAUAAAUCCUCUUGCAGACGUGGAGUCUGUUCGGUCUAGGAAGGAGGUGUUGGACUGUGACCAGCUGCCUUCACCCCACCAUCAGGAGGCAUCUGGUUGUCCUGGGUCUGUCUCUGGGUCUGUUGCUGCCCAUGCUGUGAUGCUUCCUUCUGGCCAUCAUGCGCAUGCAUCACCCAGAGCAUUCACUAUGCCUGGCAAAGAGUCCAAACGCAAGGCGGAUGCUGCUAAGCGCAGCAAUCGUCCAGCUCCGCCUAUUCGUAUCGGGAUUCCAACGCACAUCAAUGAUGAUGUUAAUUUUUCUGGAACUGGCUUUCGUCAUCGAGUUCGUCGUUGGCCGACCAGUGUGAUUUCUAACAAAGCUCACAAGUUGGUCCUUCCAGAUGAGAUUCCUGACAAGAAAUUCAUCCUACUUGUUGGGGACUCCCACUUGAGGUCCGUGGCAGACGGCAUAGUCCCUAUGCCGGUUGGCGGCCUCGCUUUUGGUGUGAUGUCCACUCCAGGAGCUUGUGCAGAUCUUCUGCGCCUUGAGGUUUCACAGGCUGUGUUACCUCGGGAGCCUGAUGCUGUUUGCGUCAUGGCUCCUUCUAACAACCUUACGGCCAGCAGAACAGUUGAAGAGGCAGGGGAUGCAUUUGAGCGGUACCUUUUGGCUGUUCUCAGUCGCUGGCCUAAGGUUUUCUGUACCUCCAUGAUUCCCCGUUUAGUUGGAUCCUGGGAGCGUCAAGACCUGUUUCAGCAGGAGUACCACCGCAGAUCGGCUAAGCUAGGUGUAAGUUAUGUGCCGAUCCACGAUCACCUACCCAGGUACCGUCUUAAACUGUGGUGCCGUGAUGGUAUCCACCUCAGUGAUAAUCACGGGAUGCCUAUACUCACGCAACUGAUGUGGAAUGCCUCCUAUCAGUUCUUGGAGACACACGCACCAAAGCCACUGGUGCAGCACCAGGUGUCUCGUCCGCAGAAAGCGAGUAUUGUGCCCCGUGUGGUUGUGAAGGGUGUGGAACGCAUUCCACCUCCACGCCCUUCCGAAUGGACGUUUGUGAGACCUAGCGGGAAGAGAAACCAUUCAGGGGAAUUUGAAAAGACUUCUAAUUCCCCCAAGAAACGAGUGGUUGUUUCUAAGGCUGAUGACACUUCAGUGGCCUUGAAGGAGUGUUUCAUCCCCCUGAAUCCCGUUAGGUUCUCACCUUCAAUUCUGGCUGCCAUGGACACGAUUGCUCCAGCGGAUGGUCCCACAGAUAUACAGACUACAUCUGUGCGACAUUUUAAGAAAGCAGCUAGGCGUGUCCAGCAGGAGGUUGCAUCCACACCUUGCAUAAAUCCUCUUGCAGACGUGGAGUCUGUUCGGUCUAGGAAGGAGGUGUUGGACUGUGACCAGCUGCCUUCACCCCACCAUCAGGAGGCAUCUGGUUGUCCUGGGUCUGUCUCUGGGUCUGUUGCUGCCCAUGCUGUGAUGCUUCCUUCUGGCCAUCAUGCGCAUGCAUCACCCAGAGCAUUCACUAUGCCUGGCAAAGAGUCCAAACGCAAGGCGGAUGCUGCUAAGCGCAGCAAUCGUCCAGCUCCGCCUAUUCGAAUCGGGAUUCCAACGCACAGCAAUGAUGAUGCUAAUUUUUCUGGAACUGGCUUUCGUCAUCGAGUUCGUCGUUGGCCGACCAGUGUGAUUUCUAACAAAGCUCACAAGUUGGUCCUUCCAGAUGAGAUUCCUGAGAAGAAAUUCGUCCUACUUGUUGGGGACUCCCACUUGAGGUCCGUGGCAGACGGCAUAGUCCCUAUGCCGGUUGGCGGCCUCGCUUUUGGUGUGAUGUCCACUCCAGGAGCUUGUGCAGAUCUUCUGCGCCUUGAGGUUUCACAGGCUGUGUUACCUCGGGAGCCUGAUGCUGUUUGCGUCAUGGCUCCUUCUAACAACCUUACGGCCAGCAGAACAGUUGAAGAGGCAGGGGAUGCAUUUGAGCGGUACCUUUUGGCUGUUCUCAGUCGCUGGCCUAAGGUUUUCUGUACCGCCAUGAUUCCCCGUUUAGUUGGAUCGUGGGAGCGUCAAGACCUGUUUCAGCAGGAGUACCACCGCAGAUCGGCUAAGCUAGGUGUAAGUUAUGUGCCGAUCCACGAUCACCUACCCAGGUACCGUCUUAAACUGUGGUGCCGUGAUGGUAUCCACCUCAGUGAUAAUCACGGGAUGCCUAUACUCACGCAACUGAUGUGGAAUGCCUCCUAUCAGUUCUUGGAGACACACGCACCAAAGCCACUGGUGCAGCACCAGGUGUCUCGUCCGCAGAAAGCGAGUAUUGUGCCCCGUGUGGUUGUGAAGGGUGUGGAACGCAUUCCACCUCCACGCCCUUCCGAAUGGACGUUUGUGAGACCUAGCGGGAAGAGGAACCAUUCAGGGGAAUUUGAAAAGACUUCUAAUUCCCCCAAGAAACGAGUGGUUGUUUCUAAGGCUGAUGACACUUCAGUGGCCUUGAAGGAGUGUUUCAUCCCCCUGAAUCCCGUUAGGUUCUCACCUUCAAUUCUGGCUGCCAUGGACACGAUUGCUCCAGCGGAUGGUCCCACAGAUACACAGACUACAUCUGUGCGACAUUUUAAGAAAGCAGCUAGGCGUGUCCAGCAGGAGGUUGCAUCCACACCUUGCAUAAAUCCUCUUGCAGACGUGGAGUCUGUUCGGUCUACGAAGGAGGUGUUGGACUGUGACCAGCUGCCUUCACCCCACCAUCAGGAGGCAUCUGGUUGUCCUGGGUCUGUCUCUGGGUCUGUUGCUGCCCAUGCUGUGAUGCUUCCUUCUGGCCAUCACGCGCAUGCAUCACCCAGAGGUCAGUCUGCUAACACCCCUUCUUGCGUGCGUUCACAGGUUUUGCUGUCGUCUGUAGUUCCAGAGACAACUGUUCAAAAUCCUGUUGUAAAUAAUUUUGAUGAAGAUAAAACAAUUUUACACAACGAUGAUACAAUUUUAGACUCUGUCCUAGGAUCAUUUCAUCAGGGAGAUGGGCGUUUUAAAUAUGGGGGAGUUCAGUGUGCAGCUAUUACUGUUGUUGCUUUAACAAAGCACAAACAGAAGAGUGUUUUCACUUGGGAUUUUGCCGUGUUGGAUAACGUUGUUGAGUUAGGAGAUGAGCUGUACACAGAUUUGCGUGACAACAAAAAGAUUAGAGGUGGACACGAGUUUCUCUCUGUUCCAGACUUGCCAAAGGAAAUUGACAUGGAAGAACAGCGUUUUAAGCUUGUUUACGGGGAUUUCGUUUUAGGAGAUGUAGAUGUAGCUGAAGGCGAGUUAAUAGAUGCUGGUGUGUACACUCCUCUCCUGGAUGGAUUGAAAAAGAUGUGCACACAGCAUGAAACUUGCAUUAUGACAUUAAGUGGCAAUACUUGUGCUAUCAUUUGUGAUAAUGGACGUUAUGCUGUAGUAGAUUCCCAUGCACGCUCCGCAGAUGGUAUGGUAGACCCGACAGGACAGAGUGUAGUUCUGUACUUUGCGAACCUUGAUAAUGUUUUUCAACAUUUUCAGAGAUUUGCUAGUGAACUGGUGGGAUCUCAGAGGUUAUUUGAGAUCACUGGAGUGGAUAUUGUUCAGAUGGACACAUUUAAAAAUGUAUCUGAACAAACAGAUGACAUUGACAUAAACCCUGUUAUUUUUGUUAGUGAUGCUAGUACUAAAGAUUUUCAUUUCAGUCCCGUUUCUAGAGACGUGUCACAGGCGUUGAGUAAAUGUCUGAAUGUGAAGUCUGCGAUGGUUGAAUCAUCUCCUGUUCCUUCAUGUAGCACAAGUGUGGUUAACGUUGAUGAUGACAACAGUAUUGUAAACAAUUAUACAAUUUUAAGCUCACUUACAGGAUCAUUUAAUCAGAGCGAUGGGCGUUUUAAAUAUGGCGGCGUUCAGUGUGCAGCAAUUAGUCUUGUUGCUUUAACUAAGCACAACAUACAAAGUGUUUUUUCAUGGGAUUUUGCCAUGUUGGACAAUGUUGUUGUUUUGGGCGAUGAGUUGUACACAUAUUUGCGUGACAGUAAUCUAAUAAGUGCUGGGAAUGUGUUUCUUUCUGUUCCAGAAUUGCCAAAGGAAAUCGUUAUGGGCAAACAGACUUUUAAGUUGAAUUAUGGGGAUUUUGUUUGUGGAGAUGUAGACAUAGCUGAAGGCGAACUUAUAAAUGCUGGAGUGUACACUAGUCUUUGGGAUGGUUUGAAUAAGAUGUGUACACAAUAUGAAACAUGUUUUAUUACACUUGGAGACAAUACUUGCGCUUUACUUAGUAAAGAUGAACAUUAUGCUAUUGUUGAUUCACAUGCUCGUUCUGCAGAUGGAAUGGUUGACCUAAAUGGUAAAAGUGUAAUUCUAUACUUUAGUAGUCUUGACAAUGUCUUUAGAUAUAUUCUGAGGUUUGCCAGUAAAUUAAAUGGAACUCAGAAGUUGUUUGAGAUCAGUGGAGUUAACAUUGUUCAGAUGGACACAUUUAAAAAUGUUUCUGAACAAACAAGGUUGCCUCCAACAACAGGAAAGGAGGUUAGGCGUGAAGAGUCAUUUCCACUCUCGGAACCAAAAAAGUUACAGACAGAUGACACCGACAUAAACCCUGUUGUUUUUGUUAGUGAUGUUACCACUAAAGAUUUUCAUUUCAAUCCCAUUUCUAGAGACGUGUCUCAGGUGUUGAGUAAACGUCUGAAUGUGAAGUCGGCAAUGGUUGAUGAAUCAUCUCGUGUGAUUGGUGAAUUGGGUGUACCAUGCAUGAAUAAAUCAAUAGUGGCAGAUGGAAACUGUUUUUUUAGAGCACUUAGUCAAGCUGUUUAUAGCACCCAGGAAUAUCAUAGAAAAAUCCGUCUUGCUUUGGUCAAUCAGUUAAAAAAGAAUCCUCAAACGUAUCAAACCAUUUUAAGAAGUGAGUAUUCCUCAGUUUCGCAGUACCUCACCUCAUCAAGGAUGCAGUACGUUGGCAGUUGGGCAACUGAAGUGGAAAUUCAAGCUGCUGCUGAUUAUUUUGGCAUUAACAUAUUUACUUACUGUAAUGAUAAAUGGCUUAAAUACACUUCCAACAGCAACUUUUCACAGCAGGCUGUUUAUUUGGAGAAUAGUAAUGGUAACCAUUAUGAGACGGUGGUUUGUGUAAAACAACCUAACACAGGAACUUGUUAUGGUUAUUGUGGCCCUGUAAAUAGUAUUUCUGGUAGAUACAAUACUCGACAUGCCCCUACAGAACAUUUAAAAUGUUCAGUAGAAACUGUGACGCUUGAGCCGAGUUCCAUAGAUACAGAUGGUGUUAGUGUUGUUCAUUCAAAUACUUUAUUUACUCCUAUGUCUGCAGAUUUUUGUAAAACUCUGUGUAAUCGGUUGAAAAUAGAUUUUGAGAAACACAAUUCUCAAGAGUCCACAUCAGGUGGGCCUUUAGGAAAUGUGUGUAAGACAGAACAUAUUAUUGAAGAUGGUAACAGUUUUUUUAGAGCUGUAGCUCAUGUAAUUAGUGGGUCACAGAAGGGCCAUCGUAAGAUCAGACUCGCUGUUGUUUCUUAUAUGUCCAAAAAUGCUGAAGAGUGUGAGAACUUUCUGGGAAAAGAACAUGCUUCUGUGUCAGAAUACAUAAAAAAGUCACAGAUGAAUUAUGUCGGUCACUGUGCUACAGAAGUAGAAUUUAGAACUACAGCCAGUGUUUUAGGAUUACCCAUAUUUAUCAACAAUGGCACAGAGUGGGUCAAAUAUAGUUCUCAAACUGGUAAUUUCGUCACUGAGGGACUAUAUUUGUCAAACUGUAAUAAUCAUUUUGAACCCAUUAUUUGCAUAAGACUGGGUAAUAAAGAAACAUGCUUUGGGUUUUGUAAAGUUGAUUCUUUGUCAGGCAACGUAAACAAAUGCAGAAGGUCAACUAUGAUGCAGUUAAAUGCUGACCCAAACAUGGAAAAGAUGAAAAUGAGGAAGAGUUUUUCUAGAUAUUUAAAGCAAAAUAAGGCUUCUGCAGAAGCCUCUAAUUAUAAAACGAUAAGUGCGGUUAAAGACAAAAUAAAAAGUCAGAAAAAAAAUGCAUACAAGCAAAAUGCUGCUUACAGAAUGAAAAAGAUCAGCGUGACCAAAUUUAAAUACAAAUGUCUUCUUUCACAUAAUGAGAAAGUGAAAAAGCUGGCUUUGUUUAACUACCAUUGCAACUUGUCUAAGAAAGAGGAAGUUAAACGGAGGGCCAAACAUAGGUCCAUUUUCAACUACCAUCAUAAUUUGGCUCACAAAGACAAAGUUAAACAGAGGGCCGUUUUCAACUACCAUCAUAAUUUGGCUCACAAAGACAAAGUUAAACAGAGGGCCGUUUUCAACUACCAUCAUAAUUUGGCUCACAAAGACAAAGUUAAACAGAGGGCCAUUUUCAACUACCAUCAUAAUUUGGCUCACAAAGAUAAAGUUAAACGGAGGGCCAUUUUCAACUACCAUCAUAAUUUGGCUUAUCAAGAAAAGCUUAAACAGAUGAGUGUGUAUAAGUACCAUCAUAAUUUGGCUUAUCGAGACAAAAUGAAAGAGUUGAGUGGAAAGAAAUACCGUAAUGUUAAACAUAAGACAUGUUUAAUAGAAAGUAUCCAGCAUAAAAGAAUGCUGAUUAAAGUAAAUUCACAAAACUUUGAUUUUGUUGUAGAUCAGUUUUUAGAGAAGGUGAAAGAUGGACCUGAUUUUGUGUGUUGUGUUUGCUCACGUUUGUUGUUUAGACAUCAGGUCUUAAAUUGUAAUCAAGAAUACUAUAGAAAAACCAAAGAAAUGUCACUUAUAGCAGAUAAAUGUAUAAGUGACAAUCAUCUGCACAAAUGCAAUGAUGCCUGUAGAUUACCUUGCAAAUUUAAUUUAUGUAGAAAUAAACUGUACAUCUGUUACACGUGCCAUUAUAAAAUGGGUAAAUGUCAGAUACCCCCAGAAAGUUCAAUCAACAGGCUGACUGUUGAUCCCAUCCCACCUCAACUGGCAUGUUUAAAUACAUUAGAGCAACAUUUAAUAGCGAUGAAUAUACCAUUUAUGAAAAUGUUGGCUCUGCCUAAAGGUGGUCAGAAUGGGAUUCAUGGCCCGAUAACUUGUAUACCUGCAAAUAUAGUGGAAACGUGCAGUUUGUUACCACGUACCAACAUGGAGGGGUCUUUAUUACCUGUAAAGUUAAAGCGUAAAUUGACAUAUAAAGGACACUAUGAUUAUCAGUAUGUUGACACACAGCAUGUUCAGGAAGCUCUUCAGUAUUUAAAACAUCAUAAUUUGCAUUACAAAGAUGUAGAGUUCAAUGAGUCUUGGAUUAACACAUUUACUCAGGAAGAUGAGCCGUCUGUCUUGGAAGAGGAUAGUGGUUCUAGUAAAGAUGAAGAUACUUGCAUAGAUGGAGAAGAUGAGUUAUUGCAUGACAGACAACAACACUGUAUGUUUCAGGACACCUGUCUCAUGCCAGUAGAUAUAGGACAAGAAGCAUUGGACCAGUAUGUAGAUAACAUAUUAAAUGUAGCUCCAGGUGAAGGUAACAAUCCAGUGAAAUUGCUUUCAGAUUUUACAAAUGAAGCAAAAUGUUUUCCCGUCUUGUUUCCUUCAGGAUCAAAUACUUACUAUGAAAGCAGACAGUUUCGUUUGACUCUGAAUCGGUAUUUCAACAACAGGCUUCUUCAUGUCGAUGGUCGAUUUGCUAACAAUGUAGAAUAUAUAUUUUUUGCACAGUACAUGUCUGAACUAGAGCAAGUUGUGUCCAAAGUUUCUAUAGCUUUGCGUAAAGGUAAAAGCGGUGAAUCUCAGAAGUUGGGUAAUUUGAUACAGGAUCAGGAUUCUUUAAAUAAGCUGUUAGAGUUUGAUGAUGGCUACCGGUUUCUUAAACCAAUUCGCGGCACACCUGCUUUUUGGCAAUCUGCUCAGCGAGACCUCCUGGCUUGUGUAAAAAUGUUGGGCAAACCUACUUGGUUCGCAUCAUUUUCGUCGGCAGAUUUGAGGUGGACUAACCUUCUUUAUAGUAUUUUGAAACAGGAAGGCAGAACAGAGACAGUGGAACAGCUGGAGUGGGCUGAUAAAUGUGAGCUCCUACGUAGGAAUCCAGUAACUGCUGCGCGAAUGUUUGAUUUUAGAUGGCAUGUCUUCUUAAGGGAAGUGCUGAUGUCUCCUGCCAAUCCCAUUGGUAAAAUAGAAGAUUAUUAUUAUCGUGUUGAGUUCCAGCAGCGUGGUUCUCCUCACUGUCAUUGCCUUUUCUGGGUUUCUGGUGCUCCCAUUUUAGAUAAGAACACAGAUGAGGAGGUCAUUGCAUUUGUUGAUGAAUAUGUGACAUGUGAACUUCCUUCUGAAGACAAUUCACUACAUGAAGUCGUCUCAUCUGUCCAGCAGCACUCCAAACGGCAUUCAAAGACUUGUAGAAAGAAAAAAACUGUUUGUCGUUUUAAUUUUCCACGACCCGCAUCUGUUAGAACUUUUAUUAGCCGCGGUGAAAAGUAUCAAGAUGCAGUGAAGACUUGCAAGUGUGAUAAAACAGAUAGCACUGUACAGUGUGCCUGUGCGUCUCAAGAUAAAGCACGUAAACAGGAAAUGGACAAAGAAGUAGCAAGUGCCAUUUUAACUAAAGUGAAGACUACUAUUUCUAGUGAAGACUGUCCAUAUAACAGUGUAGAAGGUCUGUUUCAGGGCCUAGGUAUCAGUCAGGAACUAUUUGAAAUGGCAUAUAAACGAUUUAGUCGAAAUACACAUGUUGUUUUGAAAAGGGAAGUUAAUGAAAUCUGGAUUAAUCAGUAUAGCAAGUUGCUGUUAAAAGCUUGGAAUGCUAAUCUUGAUAUCCAGUAUUGCGUCGAUGCUUAUGCGUGCUGUGUAUACAUAAUAUCAUACAUGUCUAAAAGUGAACGGGAAAUUGGCCUUCUGCUUGCUAAUUCUCAAAGAGAAGCAGCCAAAGAUGGUAAUCUUAGUGCUAAAGAGGCCUUGAAGAGUCUUGGUAAUGUUUAUCUUCAUAAUCGAGAUGUUUGUACGCAGGAAGCAGUCUACAGGCUAACUAACAUGCAUCUAAAGGAGUGUUCUAGGAAAGUUGUGUUUGUUCCCACUGGUGAUAAUAUAGUGAAAAUGAGUUUACCUAUUUCUGUUUUGAGGCAAAAAGCAGCAUCACAGGAUCUUACUUCAGAUGACAUGUGGAUGACCGGAUUAGUUGAUCGUUAUAAGAAGAGGCCAAAUGAUGAUGUGUUCAAUGAUAUGUGCCUGGCUACGUUUGCAUCAGAAUAUCGUGUUUUGAGUAAAAACGAAAAAUGUAGAAAUCCUAUAAAGUUAAGUAAUGAUUUAGGAUUUGUUACAAAAAGAACUCGGACUAAACCAGCGGUUGUUCGUUACGCGCGUUUCUCUGAAACCAAAGACCCAGAGAAAUUUUUUCAAAGCAUGUUGCAGUUGUUUUUACCGUACCGCCAUGAUAGUCAGCUUAAGCUUAACUGUGAAACUUUUGAGGAAUUUUACAGAACUGGUUUAAUUAGAUUUUUUGAUAGAACAAACCACUCGGUAAAGGCUGUUGUAGAUUUAAAUCGGAGUAAAUUUGAGUUAGAAUCUGAUCAUUUGGAUGCUGUGAAUAAUCUAGUCGGUGAUGUAAUGUUAGAAGAUGCAUGGUGUGAGUUGUGUCCGGCAGUUGAAAUGGAACGUUUGGAGUGUGUUGAAAUACUGAAAGAAUCAGAACCAACAGUAAGUGACGAGGCAGAAGUAAUCCCAGAUUUGGCUCCAUGUUCAAACCAAACUGCACAUUUAGAGAAGAGAAACACGAUGAGUAGAGGUGAAGGUCUGGCAUUGAUUAGGUCUUUAAAUGAAAAACAGUUUUCUGUUUUUAAUCAAAUCAGGCAGUGGUGUGUAGAUAAAGUUAAUGGUAAUAACCCUGAACCACUGCAUGUUUUUGUUACAGGCGGGGCGGGCGUUGGGAAAAGUCAUUUAAUUCGAGCAAUAGAGUAUGAAACACAGAGAUUACUGUCACCAAGCUGUAGACAUCCUGACAAUGCAUGUGUAGUAUUGACAGCUCCUACUGGGAUUGCAGCAUAUAAUUUAGGUGCAACAACAAUCCACACUACACUGUCUAUAGGAAAGGAUGUGCGCUUACCGUACACUCCUCUGGGUGAAGAAAAACUAAAUUCUUUACGUACAAAAUAUUGUGAUCUGCAGCUUCUUAUUAUUGAUGAAAUAUCAAUGGUCGAUCAUAACCUGUUGUCCUAUGUUCAUGGUAGAUUACGUCAGAUUAAACAAACGGGUGACUUUUCACCUUUUGGAAAUGUCAGUGUAGUGGCCGUUGGAGAUUUCUUCCAGCUACCUCCUGUUAAAGGGAAGCCACUCUAUUCUGAUGGUGUAGGUAGCAACUUAUGGUCAAGCCUAUUUAAAGUUGUACAGUUAACUGAAGUUGUUAGACAGAAAGAUGCUGUGUUUUCUGGACUGUUAAAUAGAAUCAGAACUCAUACAAAAGGUACACCAUUGUUACCUGAGGAUUUAAAGGUUUUAAAAACUUGUGAAACAGGUGAGGCGAGCUCAGCAUUGCACAUAUUUGCAACAAAUAAUCAAGUAAAUAAUCACAACAUCCAUCAGUUAUGUCACGUUUGUCCUGAUUACAUAUCAAUUACAGCCAAAGAUUAUGUUAAUGAUAAAAGAACAGGCAAACUGAAGUUGUUGGAAGGGAAUCAUGCCAGAGCUUCUAAUACUAACUUGUCAGAAGUGUUACAGUUGGGUAAGGGUGCGCGUGUAAUGUUGUGUAAAAAUGUGGAUGUCAUUGACGGUUUAGUAAACGGAGUUUGUGGUACUUUGAUGGAAAUUAAAAUGUUAGAAAAUGACACCUUUCCUAAAAAGGUUUAUGUUCAGUUUGAUGACCAUCGUGUCGGCUUGCAGAGGAGGAAAACCUCCCAGUCUCUGUCAUCAAAUUUAGCUGGAUCUACACCUAUUGAACCCGAGGAGGAAAGGGCCACUGUUAAAGGUGGAUUACGUCGACAAUUUCCUCUUAAAUUAGCUUGGGCGGUUACAGUUCAUAAAGUUCAGGGACUCACUCUUGAAAACGCCGUUGUUAGUUUUAGAAAAAUAUUUGCACCAGGUCAAGCAUAUGUAGCACUUAGCCGUGUAACAAGUCUUUCAGGACUCACAAUUCAGGACUUUGAUGAAAAACGAAUCUAUUGUAAAGAUGACAUUACAGUUGCAGUUAGUAAUAUGACACCUUUUUUGACUCCAAACUCACAGUUCGACAGAUUUAACUCUUCUGCAUUCACUGUGUUUUUAAUGAAUGUCCAAAGUCUGAAUCGACACGUUAAAGACUUAGCUUUCUGCACACAGCAUUUGCAACCUAAUUGCAUUGCUGUCACAGAAACAUGGGUAUCUACAGACAGAUCAGAUGCAGUACAGAUUGAUGGCUAUAGUUUUUACAACUGCCCACGAGCUUUAGCUUAUUCUAGUACCCAUGAGUCAUUGGUUGCUUUUCAAGAACAACAACAUGGUGGUGUUGGCUUUUAUACUGCAGAUGGUGUGGCAUUUAAAAUGUUGCAGGCUCCAGACGUCAACUUGGAGAGUUUAGUGUAUAACUUUGUUAACUUACACAUAGUACUUGGACUCAUUUAUCGACCUCCUUUGUAUCCCCUUUCUUUGUUUAAAGUAAAUUUAACAAAGUUGCUUGAUUGGCUGGAGGUACAAAGUGAGACAUUAGUGCUAAUGGGAGAUUUUAAUGAUGACAUUUUAAAAUCAUCAACAAUAUUAAAACUUUUGACUGACAGAGGCUAUGCCCAAAUAGUCAAACAGCCAACAACCGAAAAAGGCACUUUAAUAGAUCAUGUCUAUGUAAAAUCCAACAAGUAUAUAACAGAAGCAUCUGUUAUUCCAACAUAUUUUAGUGAUCAUCAGGGCAUCAUGUGUGAUUUUACACGGCUUUAGUUCACCUCAAAAAACAGAUUUGAUUUGAUCAACACCUAACUGCAGAAUUUGUAAAGAGGUGUGUGUGUGUGUGUGUGUGU